AAGUGAAAGUGAUGAGAACUUGAGAAGAGAAAAGAAAACUAAUAAUUGUGGAAGAGGAAGAGGAAGGAGAAGGAGAAGGAGAAGGAGAGAAGGAAAACAAACAAGUCCCUUCAAUUUUAUUUGGCCAUGUGUUACGGUCAGCAGCGAUCGUUCUCCAGAGACGAAAACCUAAGCCCCUCCCGGACCCUCCGAUCGCCCACCGAUAACGCCGUCGUCGUCCAGAAUCUUCGCGGUCGUCUUGCCGAGACCGAGGCCCGCCUGGCAAGGGCCAGGGCUCGGGAGGCCGAGCUGAGCCGCCGCCUCGACGAGAUGAAGCGCUUCGUCUCCGUCAUGGAGAUCCUUGAGACCUACCUCAAGCGACGCUUCCGAGAGCAACAAGAUGACGUCGUCCGCCUAUUCUCUCCGAUGCCGCAUUCCUAAAAAUACAUUUCUCUCCUCGGAAUGAAUCAUGACCGCAGGGCAAAUUGAAUGCAGUGAGUUCAGAGCAAACAAUAAAAGAGAGCUUUCUGAAGUGUCACUGUAAAAUGUUCUGAGGGGCUUCAUAUAUAUAUAUAUAUUAUAUUCCCCCUUUUUUCUUUUGUUAUUCAUCAUCAGUCCUGAAUAUUAGAUUUUAUUUUCUUCAAAAUAUUGGAUAACUCCAAAUCAUUCUAAAAGUUCAUAUAUGUACAUACAUUUUGAUGACUAUCAAAUUGAAUAUAUGAUAAAAGUACAUACAACUCUUCUUUCC